AUGUCGCUAUUCUUUGACAGGCUUCGCACAAAGGUCUCUCGAAGAGCCAAGCGAGGAUCUUUUCUAUUGGCACAUAAAGAAUCGAUUUGGAAGCGCCUUCCAGACAAUGUCCUUGUGCUUAUCACGUCAUUCUCUGAGCUUGAAGACAUUGUUUCCUUGGCGUUGACUUGCCGCUUACUGCACCACCGCAUUGCUAAAAAUGAGUACACCAUCGCUCAUGCUUUUCUCAAGAUUCACACACGGAACCGAGUACUGGAAGACUACUAUGAUGACGGAAUUGAGCUGUCGCCUGGCGGUGAUUUGACCUUCGUCUCAGAGCUCUUCCCGCCUCCGCCACCAGAGUAUGCUGUUGGCGAGGGCCACGACGAUGCUGGGUAUACUUUGGGUUACUUAGCAGACUUGAAAAGAUGCUGGUCAACCUGCAUACGACUCUCUUAUCACUUAGCUGAUCAUGUUGUUCGGCAACAUUUGGAAACCGACAGUCUUGCCCGCCCGCUUUGGUCGUCCUCCAAGACCGAGAAGGAAUACGUGUAUAGUAAAGCCGUGGAGACACUGCAGGCUAGACUGCUGCGCCCCUUAGCUUACGCAAUCUUCUUUCUUGAGAACUCUUCAGACGACGGCUUUAACCCAGGUUCAUCGGAGCAUGUCAACGAUUUGUUUACUUCAUUCCAAAGAAAGCUUUCUGUUCUUCACGGACCUCCUUUUAACAACACUCGGAAUAUCAUCUUAACCGAGCAUUGUCUGCAACUUCUUUGCUCGACCGUCCGACGGCUUAUGCACCCUGAAUUUGGCCAUUCAACCUCCGAGGGCUGGGUUAGCCUUCUUCUACUAAACUCAACUAUGGAAAGGAUUGUUGAUUUCUUCCACGCCAUUGCCAAAGAUGACGAAAAGACACAGACCCUCUCACAUGGUCAUGGGCACGGGCAUGGGCACGGGCAUGUUUCGACUUGGUCCGCCCGCCAAGAAUUCUUGUGGCAAAUGCGUGACGACUUAGGACAUCACAUGGCAUCUUUGAGCAAUGCCUCUGCCAAAGAUGGAGACGACAUUCUUACUUUGGACCAUGUCUGGUUCAAAGCAGCUUAUCAAGAAAUGGCCCGUCGAGGGGCCAUCCCGCAUUCACCAGAGGAGUUGGUUCCGGUGCUUCAUGGAUCUGCCCUGAAACUGGACUGCGCAUAUUGCUAUGAUGAUGACGAAUAG